AUGAGCGGGCAGUGGAUUCUGCCCCUCAGGAGUGAGGUUGUCAAUGUCAAGGUGACAGUUCAAAUGAGUUUUUGGCUUCGAGAACUUGUGGUGGCUGUGUCUUUCUUCACCAUCAUCGGCAUCAUCUUCUUGAUCUCCAACUGCUGCUGGCACAGUAAAGACAUCCUGAGACAUGUCCUGAGAAAGAAAAUGUCCAACCGAACCACCGUGACCGAGUUCCUUCUCCUGGGAUUCUCUGAAGUUUGGGAGCUGCAGAUUUUGCACUUUGUGGUGUUUCUAUUGAUUUACCUGGCAGCCCUGAUGGAGAAUCUUCUUAUCUUCAUGGCCAUAGCCUUUGACCACCACCUUCAGACCCCCAUGUACUUCUUCCUGAUGAAUCUGUCACUCCUAGACCUUGGCUCCAUCUCUGUCAUUGUCCCCAAAUCCAUGGCCAACUCUGUCAUGGACACCAGGUCCAUUUCCUAUGCUGGAUGUGUUGCCCAAGUCUUUUUCCUUGUCUUCUUGGUGGGAGCGGAUUUUUCUCUUCUCACCGUUAUGGCAUACGACCGAUAUGUCGCCAUCUGCCAACCACUGCACUAUGAGAGAAUGAUGAAUAUCAGAGCUUGUGUCAAAAUGGCAGCCGGUGCCUGGAUCAGUGGGAUUCUCUACUCUGUGCUACACACCGGGAACACAUUUGCGUUGAUCUUCUGUGGAGGCAACAUGGUAGAUCAGUUCUUCUGUGAGAUCCCCCAGCUACUCAAGCUUGCCUGCUCCGACACAUAUCUUAGUGAAGUUGGGGUUCUUGUCUUUAGUGCGUGUUUACUCUUAGGCUGCUUUGUUUUUAUCAUUGUGUCAUAUGUUAAGAUCUUCAAAUCAGUGCUCAGAAUCCCCUCUGAACAAGGCCGGCAUAAAGCCCUAUCAACCUGCCUUCCUCACCUCACUGUGGUCUCAUUGUUUGUUUGCACUGGCAUCUUUGCUUACCUGAAACCCACCUCCAGCUCCCCAUCUGCUCUGGAUCUCGUGGUGGCUGUUCUCUAUUCCGUAUUGCCACCAAUCAUGAAUCCAAUUAUCUACAGCAUGAGGAACAAGGAGAUCAAAGCUGCCCUGAGGAGACUCACUGGGUGUAGGUAA